UUUAGGACAGUCGAGUUAUCUGUGCAUGGUUUUAAUAGCGGAGACCGAGUGGCCGCUGAAGUUAUAUUCGUGUGGUAUCGGCUCGCUGUUCUGUUAUCAUGUAAAACGGGCGCAGUACAGAUAUAAUCGCUGUAUUAUCAGACGGGAGACACGCCCUCAUAUCCGGCCCCACAGCCAGAGCCAUUUUCUGCUAACGCCGCUUCUCCCAGCGUAACCGACCCGAGAAGCAGUGAGCGCUAGCAGCUAAAACGCAUAGGUUAGCUAACGCUAGCUUCCACUUUUUGUGUACCGAUACUGAUUAAAUACUCAUUUUUUAGGAUGAGUGACAUCGAGGACGGGAACUUCGAGGGUAGAGAUUCCCGCUCACCUUCCAAGUCGGAGCGGGGCAGCCCAGUCCAUGCUAAGUCUGACAGCAGAUCGGGCUCUCCCAGCCCAUCCCGAGCUUCCAAGCGUUCAGAAUCCAGAUCCCGCUCCAAGUCCAGAUCUCACUCUCGCCGACACUCCAACCGCCGUUACAGUCGCUCCCGUUCUCACUCUCACCGGAAGAAGUCCCGCUCCCGCUCCUACAGCCCGGACUAUCGACGGAGGCGAAGCCAGAGCACGUCACCCAUGUCAAACCGCCGACGUCACACAGGCAGCCGGGCAAAUCCGGACCCCAACACGUGUCUGGGUGUGUUUGGUCUAAGUCUGUACACCACAGAAAGGGAUUUGAGAGAAGUGUUCUCCCGCUAUGGCCCACUUACAGGAGUCAAUGUAGUCUAUGACCAGCGCACCGGCCGAUCCCGAGGAUUUGCUUUUGUCUAUUUUGAACGCAUUGAUGAUGCCAAAGAGGCUAUGGAGCGAGCUAACGGGAUGGAGCUGGAUGGUAGACGCAUCAGAGUGGACUACUCAAUCACCAAAAGGCCACACACCCCUACGCCUGGAAUCUACAUGGGUCGUCCCACACAUAAUGGAGGAGGUGGGAGCAGCAGCGGUGGCCGCAGAAGAGACUCAUAUUAUGACCGUGGCUAUGACAGAUAUGACAGAUAUGAUGAGUACGACUAUAGAUACAGAAGACGUUCUCCAUCACCUUACUACAGUCGUUACAGGUCUCGUUCAAGAUCUCGCUCUUACAGCCCACGACGGUACUAAGAUCACAAACCCCUGUUGUGUUUCAUCAGCCUGGAUCUGUGAAGGUUAAAAGAAGCUAUUACAUGUGUAACUGUACUUGGAGGUGGAAGAAACUUUGAUUUAAACAGAGCAGCUCUAAUUAGAUUGGGGGGAAACUUGUUUCUGUUUAGUAGGUGUCUUAAUUUGUACUUUCCAGUGAUAAAGUAAUGAUUUUGGAGGUCCUGGGCAUAGUCUUGGCAUUUUUUUAUUGUAUAGUAUGUAUGUAUGUAUGUAUGUAUGUAUGUAUGUAUGUAAAAUAUAGAUGGUUAUGAACAGCUGUGAAUGAGCUUGUUAUAUUCAAUGUGUAUUUACAACUGUGUGUGUGUGUGUGUGUGUGUGUGUGUGUGUGUGUGUGUGUGUGUGUGUGUUAAGACAAGUGAGAAUGUAUUCAACGUUAUAACAGUUCACUUAAACCUUCUGUUGUGUGACAACACCUACCAUUGUACUUUAUCAAGGAAUAAAAAUAACUCAAGACCUUGUAUCCGUUUGUUAGUUUCAUACCCAUAGCUUUCAAAGUUUUCUAUCGUUACUGGAUUACAAGGUAAAUACAGAAAUAAAGAAAGUACCUCAUAA